UUCCAGGAUGGAGACGUAGUGAUCGGUGGACUCUUUAGUCUCCGCUACAAUCCUCCCCCCGUAGACUUCGACUUUACUGCCGAGCCAGAAUAUAAAGAAUGCACCGGUUUAGAGCAACUCCCCUUACAGUACGUUUACUCCAUGGUGUUUGCCGUGGAGGAGAUUAACCAGAGUCCUCACCUGCUGCCGGGCGUGACGCUGGGCUAUCACAUCCACGACAGCUGUGCUUUGCACCCGUGGGCGACCCGGGCAGCCCUUUCGCUGGUGAGCGGCGACAGCAGCACCUGCACCCCUGGGGCGGCACCACUGGCCCUUUCGGAAGAAGGGGAUGAGAAAGGUGUCCCACUGAUCAUUGGCGGUGCUUCAUCGAAAACGGCCAUGAUACUCUCCAGAGUGCUGGGACCACUCUCUGUGCCUUUAAUGAGCUAUCAGUCGAGCUGCCCCUGUUUAAGUGACAGGCGUCAGUUUCCCAAUUUCUUCAGAACCAUCCCCAGUGACAUUUUCCAAGCGCGGGCCAUUGCCAGCCUCGCCAUAUACUUCAAGUGGACCUGGAUCGGAGCCGUGGUCGCAAACAAUGACUACGGUCUGGAAGCUGUCAAGGUGUUCCGGGAAGAGACCCAGGAGUCGGGAGUGUGUAUGGCCUUCGUGGAGACUCUGAGGAGGGAAAAGAUCAAGAAUGAUGCCAGGAGAGCGGCCCUCGCCAUUAAGGCGUCAAGCGCCAAAGUGAUCCUGAUCUUUACGUGGUACACCGACGUCAGGGAACUGUUUCUGCAACUGGCCGAAAUGAAUGUGACUGACAGGCAGUUUCUAGCCAGCGAGGCCUGGAGCACCAGCGGUAAUCUCCUCCAGAACCCCGUCACCUCAAAAGUGGCGACCGGAGUCCUGGGUACAGCCGUUCGAAGCUCCCCGAUCGCCGGAUUUGAAGAUUACCUCCGAAGUUUGAACCCUUCUCUCCGGCCAGAUGAUGACAUUUUGAGGAAAUUCUGGGAGAAACAGUUCGCGUGUAGGCCUCAGGUUUCCAAAAACACCACCAUGUCUGAUCGGUGGGCAUCCCUACCCCCGUGCGGAGGGGAGGAAUCCCUGGAGAGUGUGGAUAAUCUCUUUACUGACACCUCCCAGCUACGACAGGCCUAUAACGUCUACCUGGCUGUUUACGCCGCAGCUCACGCCCUCCACGACCACCUCGGCUGCCGCAACACUCGCGCCGUCCUACGAGAUGGCAGCUCCAUCUGCUCCUCCCCCAGAAACGUCAAACCUGCUGAGCUGCUGCAGCACUUAAAUGAGGUCAACUUCACCACACCACAGGGGGAAAGGCUUUAUUUCCAAGGGGCCGACAUCCCCGCUAAGUACGACCUGGUCAACUGGCAGAUGACCCCCGACGGCUCUCUGAAGCUGGUUUUGAUCGGCCGAGUGGACGGCUAUGAAAUCCACAUAAAUGACACGGCUGUGCAAUGGAGUUCAGCAUCCAGUCAGGUCCCCACUUCAGUGUGCAGUGAGAAUUGCCCUCCUGGUAGCAGGGUGGCGACCAGGAAAGGAGAACCCGUCUGCUGCUUUGACUGCAUUCCGUGUCCUGAAGGGGAGAUCAGCAACUCGACUAACUCGCCCAAUUGUGAGCGUUGUCCAGUGGAAUUUUGGUCCAACACGGAGCACACAGUCUGUAUUCUCCGCCAGCUGGACUUCCUGUCUUUCAACGAGACCUUAGGCAUCACUCUCACCGCGGUAGCCAUGUCGGGCACGGUAGUGACCACCGCUGUCUUUGUGGUCUUUCUCUACUACAGACACACACCUAUGGUCCGGGCCAACAAUUCCGAACUGAGCUUCUUGCUGCUCUUGUCGCUCAAACUCUGUUUCCUGUGCUCGCUGUUGUUCAUCGGCCGCCCGUCCUCGUGGUCCUGUCGCUUCCAGCAGGCCGCCUUCGGCAUCAGUUUUGUCCUCUCCGUGUCCUGCGUGCAAGUAAAGACCAUCGUCGUGCUGGCGGCCUUCCGCUCGGCCCGGCCUGGCGCCGGAGCCUUGAUGAAGUGGUUCGGUCCGGGCCAACAGAGAGGAAGUGUCUGCGUGUUCACCUGUGUACAGAUCAUCAUCUGUAUAAUUUGGCUGUCCCUCAACCCCCCUGAGCCGAAAGCAGUCUUUGAUACCCCGGGGUUGAAGGUCACCCUGAAGUGCGACAUGGCCUCAGCGGUGGGCUUUUUUCUGAUUUUGGGUUACAUCGGCCUGCUGGCCUGCACCUGCCUACUGCUGGCGUUUCUCGCCAGAAAAUUGCCCGACAACUUCAACGAGGCCAAGCUGAUAACCUUCAGCAUGCUCAUCUUCUGCGCCGUGUGGGUGGCCUUCGUGCCUGCUUACGUCAGCUCGCCUGGGAAGUACAUGGUCGCUGUGGAGGUCUUUGCCAUCCUGGCCUCCAGCUAUGGCUUACUACUUUGCAUUUUUGCCCCAAAGUGUUUUAUCAUUCUUUUGAGGCCAGAGAAAAACACCAAGAAACACUUGAUGGCGAGAUAGAAGAAAAAAACACAACAAAAGAAAUGUGUUCUGAAAGCAAACACAUGUAUGCAUCGUUGUUUAGG